AAWUUAGUAGAGUUUGGCUAACUAUAAAGGAAUGGAAAAAGUACAUAACUGAUAUAUAAAUUUCGUUAUUUGGAAAAAUACUAUCGUGAAAGACACUCCUAAUAAAUGCAAUAUAUAGAUAGUAGUUUUUCCCAAUCUAUAGCAAUAGCAUAAUUCUAAAAGGAAACUUUUUAACUUYUUUGAGUAUUUUUGUAGAAUAUGCAUACAGGCUAGCAAGCUGCGCAGAUCAGGAUUAUAUAUAGAAUUUUGGUAUCGUAUUUAUAUCAUAUUAUAUUAUACUUUUUUUUCUGUUUUGUAUUUAUUCUUGUGGAAGAAUCAUAUUGCCGAGAUCUAUAAUUUUAACCCUUAUAGUUUUAAUUGGAUGCUCAACAGUUUCUUUUGCUCUCACUCAGUCACUCCUUUUCCAGAGCAGUCUGGUCCACACAACACAUACUUACAUGCAUUGUCAGCUUCUGUUCCCUUUUGACACAGUUACCCCAACUCYCUUUUCCCCCAUUAUAUAAACCUCCUUCCAACCCUCUUCACUGGGGUGUAUAGCUCAACCGGGUUCAAGUAUUUGUUUCCUUUCUUGGUUUCAAUUACCUCAUAUUAGCUUGAUUUUCCCCUGUAAUUUUCACCUCCUGAAAUGGAGAAAACCCAGUUGCGUAGGCAGCUUGCCAGCAUCAGGCAAUCCCUCUUUGAUCAGGGAUUUCUUGAUGAACAGUUUGUGCAGUUGGAGGAACUGCAAGAUGAUGCUAACCCAAACUUUGUAGAGGAAAUUGUUACAUUGUACUACAGGGACUCGUCCAGACUGAUCCUUAACAUAGAACAAGCACUACAGAAGAGCCCUCUUGACUUCAACAAGUUGGAUGCCCUUAUGCACCAGUUUAAAGGAAGUAGCUCAAGUAUUGGAGCCAAAAAGGUGAAAGCUGAGUGCACGCAAUUGAGGGAAUAUUGCAAGGCAGGAAGUGGAGAAGGAUGCUUGAGGACAUUCCAACAGCUGAAGAAAGAAUAUACAACUCUGAAAAAGAAGCUUGAAGCCUAUUUUCAGCUCGCAAGACAGGCUGGGCCCACUGAAUCUGCUUGUCGGCCCAAGUAAUCAUACGUGGAUGACGAAUGGAGGACAAAGCUGAUGUGGCGAGAUGUGAUUGGAUCUUUAUAUGUUUCAUAAAUUAUGUAAGCUCCAAUUAUGGAUUGGAGCAGCCUUUGGCGCUAUAGGUCGCUUUUGUUUUGUUUUUGCUCAUGAAUGCAAUUUAAAUGGAAGUUUUGGUUCCUUUAUGACGAUUGUUUGGGCCUUGGGUCUUUAACUUACCACUGUCGGUCCGGUCAUUCAUUUUGGGCCAGUCCAAAUCGCAUAAGCCCAAAGAGAAG